ACAUAGAUCACAACCCUCAGUGGUAGUUUGGGUAAUUGACAACGAAGCCAUCUGAUUAUUCUCAAGGCUCUUCUUCGACUCUCUGUUUCUACUGCUUCUUCUCCAGAGACCGAUUCCUUCGGAAAAGUCUGUAAUUAUUUGUCAAGUUUUAUUUUUUUUUUAUUUUCCUACCGAAAAAAAAGAGACAAGCGAGAGAUGGCGAGGAGAGCGGACGAGGAAUACGAUUAUUUGUUCAAGGUGGUACUAAUCGGCGAUUCGGGCGUAGGGAAAUCCAACCUCCUCUCCCGAUUCACCCGCAACGAGUUCUGCUUGGAGUCCAAGUCCACCAUUGGCGUCGAAUUCGCCACCCGUACCCUCCAGGUUGAGGGAAGAACUGUGAAAGCUCAGAUAUGGGAUACAGCAGGCCAGGAGCGAUACCGGGCUAUUACAAGUGCCUACUAUAGGGGUGCCCUUGGAGCACUUCUUGUGUAUGAUGUUACAAAACCAACAACGUUUGAAAAUGUGAGCCGAUGGCUGAAGGAACUGAGAGACCAUGCAGACUCCAACAUUGUCAUCAUGCUAAUCGGCAACAAGACUGAUCUGAAGCAUCUCCGAGCAGUUGCAACAGAGGAUGCUCAGGGUUAUGCUGAAAAAGAAGGCCUUUCAUUCAUUGAGACAUCUGCUCUUGAAGCAACAAAUGUCGAGAAGGCUUUCCAGACAAUUCUUGGUGAGAUAUACAGGAUAAUUAGUAAGAAAUCACUUUCUUCAGGUGAGACGGCACCUGCCAACAUCAAAGAAGGGAAGACUAUUGAAGUUGGGGGAUCAGAGGCCACCACCAAGAAGCCUUGCUGCUCUUCAUCCUGAGGAGAGGAUGACUAAUUCACUAUGAUUUAUAUCCGUUCUCGUUUCAGUUUUUUUAAUCCUUUUUUCCCCCAAUUUUUCAGGAACGUUUUGUUUAUUUUUAUUUUAAGUUUUGGGUACUAUAUUUUGUUGCUGUUUUAUUGAUUGAUUGUGAUUUAUUCAUGGAUGCGUCUUCGACGUUUAUUAGGGUUUCUGAUGGUUUUGUGUGAGUUGUACUGUUUAUUACGAGGAUGGUUAAAAACAACUCAUGGACUAUACCCCUAUUCAUUACUCAAUACGAGAAUAAUUAGAAUGAGGGUACAGUUGAAAGCAA